GGAGAUGGAUGGAGGAAUUAGUGAACAAAUUAAGAGCAGCAGCAGCAGCAGCAGCAGCGAGAAAGAACGAGAAACGAGGGACGGUAAUGACGAUGAUGAUGUAUGCAUGGCGCCGGCCUCCUCACCUCAGGAGGAGGCAGCAAUGUUCGUCCAUUCGUGGACUACGCGAUGAAGGCCUGUUGGAGGAAGUUGUCGUCAAAGUCGUCGGCGAUCGGAUCUGAGACAGUGGUGAUCAUGCCCACGCACACACGCUCAGAAUGUGCCUCCCCACUGUGAUUUGGGUGAGAAAGUUCGCUCCAUAUAUUUGAUUCCAAAGCUCACCGGGCACGAAAUGAGACCGUCUUCGAUUACCGCACGCUCGUGGGCUGUGACUUUCUCAGCCCACCGAGUUUUGAGCAACAAAAUGUGGCUUGGAAUUUGUGAGAAGGAAGUCCGCGGAGGUCCAACUGGGCGGCCGGGUAUGGAACAGACAUGAAUUUUCAAGCUACAAGGCAUGGAAGAAUACUUCUCAGUAAAAUUCCUACCAGGUGAGAGCCCACUGAAAAGACACGGGGAGCCAGUAGUUUGCCUCGGAGCGGAAACGGAGUAAGAGGUGAGAUGGUAGAGAUCUUCCUUGCGAAGAGCGUGAGACUACAUUGAUUCCAACGUCUGUUGAACGUUUCCUCGGAGUGGUCGCUGGAGAAUGAGUGAGUAAGAUUUUCAAAUGGUCGGUAUAAACAAAAUGUAAGAAUGGAAAGGUGAGGAGGACGUGGUGACUGGGAAGAAAAGGAAGUGGAAAUUUCUUGAUUUGGAAAUUUCGGAUCCUCAUUCCACGAUGUCAAAGAAGAAAAAAAAAUCUGAGGCACACACGGAGUCGCCCUCGGAUGUGAAUGCAAUAAACAGGGAAGACUGCGAUUGCCCGUGCCACUGGAUGCCUCGGUGGAUCAGGAGACCGAGGUUUAUGAGGGGUUGGGAAUGGGAAGACACAUCUGCUACCCUUGCUGUGCUCACAGCUGCUGCUUGUACGGUCGUUGCCUUCAAAAUGUACCAAAAAUCUCUUCUUGAGAGAUAGUCUUGUUCAGCUACCGAGCGACUAAAUUGUCAACCAGGGUUUGAUUGACGAGGAGUAGGAGGGAUCUCUACCAAUUGUUAUUGCAAUUCAGACUGCAGUUGUAUACAUUCCUUAGCAAGCACCUCGAUACAGGCCGCCGAGUAGAAAAUGUGACUUUGUUCUGGUGACUACAAAUUAUCUCUAAAAGCCGAGAACAACGGAGGAGCCAGGGACCUCGCCAUGGAGGUCAUGCGCAACGAAUCAGGGACUGCGUCUGACCGAAAUCUCCUGCAGCUAGUAGGGAAAAGUAUAGUACCGCCGGAAAAGAGUGUUCUACAUUACUCCAGUCUGGAGUAGCUUGACAUUUACGCUGGAAUAAGCUUUGAAUCAUUGACAGAGAAAGCGCGCAUGGCACAUUGUACCGAUCUUCGCAGAAAGGAGACCGUACUGCGUUAUCCACCUUGAUGACCACUGGAAGCGAACACCGAAGUAGACCAUGCCAGCGACCCAGACAUGCAGUAAGGGGCGAUUACUCCAACCUCUACGAUGUCUUGUUUUCGUUGUUGCACUCGCAGAGCGCAGCAAGACAGAGCCAACGACGAGGACUCGGAAGCUGCAACUGGAAAUCAACCAGUUGUAGUAGCUAUAAGUAUAAAUGACAGUAAUGGAGAACAGGAACAUGGGACAGGAAUUUUGAUCAGUGAUCACUUGGUUUUGACGAGCCACAUGGGUCUUCCCAGCAGGGAAACUGCCCGUGACGGACAGAUUGUGCUGAGUAGUGUUGGGUCAAGCAAUAGCACGCCAAACAAGUGGCCUUCGUCUUCCACAAUCUUGACAAGGAAACUUCUCCCUCAGAGAUUAUUUCUCACCAACCCUUCUCUUGGGUUGACAAUCGUGGCCUGUGAGCCGGUGACUUCCAAUUCGCCUCCCAGAGAAUACGAGAUCCCCAAAGCAUCGGACGAUGCACUAAAACUCGGAUGCAGCGUCUACGUUUUGGGACAAGUUCAACAGGAUGAUCGGGAGGGUUUGCUUAUGUUUGGGGAAGGGCUUAUUUCGAAAGAAGACGAGCAAGUAAUUGAAUUUUACUCCUUGGAUAGCUAUGUUUGGGCACCUGGAUCAGCUGGCUUUGAUGCGAAAGGAACUUUCGCCUUCGUGGUUGGGGAUCGACGCCCAUCCACGAAAGCAAGUUGUCCAUUGCCUAAGAGAUGGUCUUACGCUUUGAGCAAGGGUCCUGGUUCGAGGCAGCCGGGAAUUCUGAUCCACUCAGUACGCGACUGGACAAAGGACACAUGGAGUGGGGACUUCAACACCCUACUGCAGCUAAGCAACUCAGAUCUCGCAACUGCAGACGACACCUCUGACCUUGAGCAGAAGGCAGAAGAGGAGAGAUUGAUAGAACAGCAGAGGGCACUAAGUAAGCGAAUUGAUGAAAUUCAAAACUCCAUGAGGGACGACCGAGAGCGUUUGUUUGCGGCCGCGGGUCCACUUGGCAGAGCACUCGUGGCCAAUCUUGGAGCGAUAGAUACCAGCCUCCAAGGUUGUGGAAACAAUUUGUAUGGAGCCACGGACUCAACCUCAAAGAUUUCGAGUUCGAGGAUACAAGAGAUUCCGGUCCAGGCCUGCUUGCAAUCUACACCAGGUCCUCGUGUUGUUCCUUGCAGCAGUGCUAGUUCUAACACCCAAAGCCUCUCACUCAGAGCUCAGAGUCCCCCUCCACUGGGAGGUAUUGCUGCUUUAGCGGCGGAGGAACUCGAAAGGUAUGACGAUGACGAUGACAGUGACCAUGUUGCAGACAUAGCAACGUCAAGCAAUUUAAACGCCAACUCUCCAGUCAAAGACUCUGUUCGGGAGUUUGCUUGUGAUGGAGCGCCUAGUUUCGGUAGUCCACAACACGAACCGAGAAGUCCUCGCAGCUGCUGGUUUUCUGCGUGGUGGAAAAACUUUAGGCCUAGGUCCCCUCAGUCGCAGCCACAAACCCAGCGCGUGGAAGCUGUUGCAGACUCUGUAAGAGCUGAACAGGCGAACGAGGAGGUCAUGGCGGACUGCCUCGAACCCAACUCUCCCCCUCGACGUUUUUUGGUGCGGGGAACUUAUACCGCAACACCUAAGAGAGAGAACUCCAACAUACUAAUAGCUGAAGCGAUGAGCUCAGCGUCCUCACCAGACAGGUGCUCUUCGCCAGAGGACAUGACUCAAGCUUUCCAGCCAAGGAAUCAACGUCCAUGCAAGUGUAUUCCCCAAGCAUGUUCUCGACCCCUCUCUCCAGAAUUAGCGUACUUACAGAUCCACAGGUCUCCAACCGCGAUGUGUCAUCGGCAGACCGACAUUCCCUGGAAGCCUAAUGGAGAACUGGAUUCUCGAAGGAUUUUACCUCCUCCGGAUCCUCCCAGAGUGAUCACCGGUGUGGCUCGUACUCGAACUUAUCCUCGAGAUUAUUGCCCUCCUAGAUCAGAAGAUGAACAGGUGAAGCUCGACGAAGCGGGCGUGCGAAAGGUUCCUGCAGGUCUGGGUGCCUGUGAGAAGGCGCAAGAACUGUCGUCACAGCCACUCGAUGCCACGAUUUUACAAGACCGCAUCCUUCAGAGCGCAAUCUCAGAUCCACCAUCACCACGGGGAUCAUGUCAAGAGAACGAAAAUCUUGAUACCGAAUUGAGCAGCUGCCCUGUGGACGACUCAUCGACGACAAGGCGCGAGGUCCCGGAACAUAUUGGCAAGAUCUCGGCCUCUGCAUUGACAUCGAGGCAGGCAUCUAGGCGAGAAAUCGAGAUCACAUGCUUCCAAAGAUGGAAGAAAUGCGCGACUCGAAGGAAGAACAUGGCCGUCGAGUCGAUGCGAUCAUUCUUCGCCCCUCGUCCGCUCUCUUCUUCGUAUUCUUCUCCUCCUCCUCCUCCAGCUUUCACAACACUCUCCCGAAGCUUCUCGCCAGCUCUAGACUUCGUCUCCCGUCUAGAAUCGACGUGGAGAUCGUACAAGUUGGAGGAGCGUGCGCGUGCGCGCCAAGCGGGGGCCGCGGGGCCGCGCGAAGAAGAGCGUUACGCUCCGUACCAGGCUCCGAUGCCCAACUGGGCAGCGAAGCCGCGGACGCUCCGAGACGAGCCCGCGUAUCUUCCAAGCGCUAGACAAGCAUUCGUAUACGGAGGACGAGAAGACGCGACGGUCGCUGCCGUAUCCGUAGAAGAAGACGGAUCAGCAGCAGCAGCAGCAAAUGCUGCAGUGAAGAUCUGGAAGGGAUCGUGCAUAUCCUCUCUCGAUCACCAGCCUGGUCGUGGCGAUGAUCGUGAGCCUGUGGCCCGAGCGCGGAGUCAUCCAUCAACUGCUGUUGAAGACGCAGGUGCCAGAGGCAUGGUGGCAGUUUCGAAGAAGGAGAAGACAAAUCAGCUGCUGCGAAAGGAGAAUGGCAUUCAGAGGCCUCGAUGGUCCAUUGCCAGGGUCGAUCAAGGUCCUGUCGUUGUGGCCUCCAUGUCUGACCCGCCGGAUGAUGCGACUCGAAGCAAGUCGAAGAUGAAAAGGCUGCCUGUGCUCAAUACUGGAGGCCCUGGCUGUGAACCCGGGGCCAUCCCCCAUACAGUCAGGAAUUCUGGAGGAGUUAGAGAUUUAGCAAAUCCGCCGGAUGUCUCCAGAUGCGCUCUCAGAAGGGCAAGACGCGAAGAAGGACAUGUACCACCGUCUCCUUCGAGAAGAAAGCACGUCAACACGUUUGCCAAACCCAAAACCUUCACCAAGAACUCCGCCGCGGAUGAGCACUCAACAUCCGCAACUAAGCAACCUUUGAGAGCCACCAAUAAGCGAUUGUUAGAAGGCCCUAUCGGGAAAAGAGGAUCAAGCGUCGGAUCUGGCUCGUCCUCAUCAGAAAGAGAGGGGCGUCCCCGUUGGCGAUGAAACAUCAAUAGCAGGUACCAUUGAAAGGCGUCGUUUAUAUUUUUGACUGACCUCCGAAGUUUUGAACAGCAUCCCCAGCAACUGCCACUCAGCGAGACUGCUGAUUUGCAGAGUAUCGUCAGAGCAUGGAAUUUCACACGAAAAAAGGAAGUUUGUCAAAGAAGACAGAUUCUUGUGAGGAACUUGUUAUUUUCAACGUGGGCGGUAAGCUCUUUAAAGGGGAUUGUCUUCACAGUCCAAGGCCACAGCAAAGCUUGUUCAAAACACAGCUACUGUAUAUGAUUCUUUGAAAGAGAGCAUGAAAAAGCAAAAGCACCAGUUUCCAGCUUUCAUUCCGCACAUGUUUCAGAACACGUUGUAAAAACCCGCACGACUAUCACGAGCCUGGAAAACACACUCUCUUGGUCAGCUGACAAUAAGGUACAGUACAGUAGGUGGAGCCUAGCUUCCCCUCGUUGUCAGACGAUGAGCACUGACCCUUUGGAUAAGUGAUUGUACCCUUUUGUUCUGAAUGGAUAGAGAGGAACCAAGCAAUGUGGCAAAACGGAUGAGAAGACCCAUUCAAGUAGAUCAUGGAUGAAACCAAAAAGGGAGGAUGGGUUUAUUCCCCGAUACGGAGGCCUCUCUAUAUAGGGCGGAUUCCUUAUGUUCCGUAUCUCAACAAAAUAAGGAUAAUUCUCAAAUCAAAAUACGGAAUAUAUUGAACUUGAUAGUUUUCGGCCCAAUUUUGACCUAAACUCUCAUGUUUUCGGCCGAAUUUGUCUGCAAUGUAAUACACCUUCGAG